ACUGAUAACUCUUUACUUGCAGAGCUUUCUUUCCUUCAUUUCCCAUGUGGAAAAAUUUAGGCUGGUGAUCCAAAAAUUUUGCUGUUAUAAGUACAUCCCGUCCCGCUCGAAUCUCUACAAUAAGCAGCAAGUUGCAAGCCCAAUCCACUUUUCAGCAAAGCUAAAACUACUAAAAGUCUCGGAUCAAGGGCAGCAGAGAUGGCUUGUGAAAUUGGAAACAGGACCGUCCUAAAAUUCGACACUGAGGAUGGUGUCGCAGUGGCCCUGGCCAGAUACAUUGCCGAUCUCUCCGAAAGAUUCAUCAAAGAAAAAGGUUCUUUCAAUGUGGUCCUCUCAGGAGGCAGCCUCAUCGAUACUAUGAGGUAUCUAGCCCGGGCCCCUUACAAGGAAUCAGUGGAUUGGCCAAAAAGGAGCAUAUUUUGGUUGGAUGAGAGGGUGGUUCCUCUGGACAGCAAGGAUAGCAAUUACAGACUUGCCUGGGAUGGACUUCUUAAAUACGUAACAUCUUAUUAAAUUUCCUCCGCAAUAUACAUGCAUAGUAAUUUUGAAAAGCAAGUUAAUUAUUCAUUAUUUUUGCAUAGGAUACCGAAAAAUCUAAUUUUUUUUUAUCUAGUAUAAAAUGGUAUAGAAGAACCUUUUUCUUUUAAAUUUUUUUUUUCAGUAGAAGAGAAAUGGAACUUAAGAAACGAGGGGCAGAGGAAUUUGAAUUCAGAAUUUCUAAUUCCUUAAUUUGCAACUGAUACUAAAUAAUAUCAAAUGUUAAGGUAGUUAUGUUUACCAUCAAUCUUAGUAGUAUCACAAGCAUGGUAAAUUUGAAUGUUACAAAUAUGUACAUAAAACUUUAUAUCAGACUCUACAAAUGUUACAAAUAUGUACACAAAUAUGUACGUAAAACUUGUAGCAGACAAACUUGGCAAAAACUCAAGUGCCAAAUAGGGCCCAAGUUAUAUUUACCUAUUGAGUUGAUGCGUAUGAAUAAAAUUUACGCAUAUAACAAAAUUAUAUAAUUGUACACUGAAUUAUGUAAGAACAAUAACUAUAUAUCCGCAUGAAAAUUCUGACCUUAUCUACAUCUGGUUUGUUUACUUGUUAGUGUGUGCAUGAGAGAGACACCAACAUGAAAGCAACCAUUAUGAGCCUCUUUGACGCUUUCUAACCUUAUCUACAUCUGGAGAAUGAUUUUUGCAGCUGCAAAUGACUGGUCUGUUUACUUUAAAUUUUGACAAAAUAGAAGUAUUAAUCAUGAAAAGUUACAAGUGCGUUAUAUAUUUAGUCAAUAAGUACAAUUUUUUUUUAAGAAUAAGGAAAACUACGCGACACCAAAAAUAUUCGAUUUUGAAUUUUACUAACUAGAACUAGUAGUGACAAUUAAAAGACUGAGCAAUAUAUUCUCUAAUCAAUGAUCGAUGGGUAUUCGAUUUUUAUCUUAGUGAUUUAAGGAUUAAGCAACCAUAGAAAGAUAGGAUUUCAUGGAAAGAGAGUUCAAGAAGAGUGAGAGUGUAGUAUGAUAAUCUGAUGUUGGGAUUGUGAGGGUUGAAGUGAUAAAGUGUCUGUCUAUAUUGUUUCCCGUCUAAAGGCUAAAAUGGUAAGUACAUAUUUCUAUUUUUAUGUCUUUAAAAUUUGAUGGAAAUCAAUAAGGGUUGUUCUGACUUUUGGCUAUUUCCGUUCCAUAUAACUGACAAACUUAACGUGGGAGAGUAAUUUGUUAUUUGUCCAAAUCUCAGGGAUCGAUUCGUUAUUUGAUCAAAUCUCAAGGGAGGUAAAUGUAAUUAACCUUUUUUUUUAAGAGUAAGGAAAACUAUGCGACACCAAAAAAUAUUCUAUUUUGAAUUUUACUAACUAGAACUAGUAGUGACAAUUAAAAGACCAAGCAAUAUUCUCUAAUCAAUGAUCGAUGGGUAUUCGAUUUUUA